UCUCCUUGCCUGGAGCUCCAUUGCCUCCAGCCCAUCCUCUGCCAGACUUAGCAGCAAAAUGCAGCGGCUGCGUCUUCUCUGCUUCAGUCUCCUGUUGCUGGGACAUAUCCUGGAUGUGUACACCGGCAACAACGUCCUCGACUGCUGCCUGCGGACCAGCGAGGCGCCCAUCCCGCGGCGGAUCGUGCAGGAUUACCGGCUCCAGCUGGUGCAGGAUGGCUGUGACAUCCCUGCUGCCGUAUUCAUCACCACAAAGGGCAAGCGCCUCUGUGCACCCCUCCAUUCCCCGUGGGUGAUUCGUCUCCAAGAGAGACUGGAUGCCAGCUCUGUCAAGAGGGAUUUGGCACAGAAGGAAGCAGGAGCAGCCAUGAGAGGUAAGUUGAGACUGUUUUGCUUCACAAUCCUGUGCAACUCGCCUCCUCCCCUGCAAAAUGUGGGCAGAUCCUGGCAGUGAGGGAGGGAGAGGAGGAGGCUAAUCCUGAGGGCUAGCUCAGAAAUUUGGCAGGGUUGGUGGCAGUCAAACAGCCCAGGCAGUGCUGCACAACCGCCCACAACCAGUGCCCUCCUGCAGAGGCUUUUGCCAAAGCUAUGGAUUUCCCAAACAAGCCCCUGCCUGAGAUGUGAUCUGGUCACCCACCCUGUGUUGGAUGGAGACAGUGGAUAUGGAUGUCUCUGUGUCUCAGUGCUGGGGACCUUCCCUUGUUGUGUAGCAUUGGCCAAUGGAAAUUUUUCAAACCAAGUAUAACCCAGGCCAUGUUCUCCUGCACUUUUUCCCUGCUGGGCUGGUCCCUGUUCCAUGCCAGGAAGCUGGACCCAUCCCCGCCUUAUGUGGAUGCAGUCCAUGGGCUGCUUUGACCUGGCACAUUCUCAGCAUCUCCAGGCCUGGCUUGUACCAGCUCCUCUGGCGAUCUUGGCACAGCAUCCACCCUGGGGUGGGUGGGAUAUGGCAGCAAAGGCAAGUUUGGAUGUGCCUCUGCCUACUUGGGGCAGGGUGCGUCCAGGCAGGGCUCCAGCCUGCAGCAGGAAGCCUCCUGCUCACUCAGCAGCUGUGUGAGCCACCAGAGAGCCCAAGCCCGGAGGAAGUGCCCUGGCCCCACAGUGGGACAGGGAGGUGCCGGCACUGGGACUGGUCUCAUGGUCCCUUCCUGUUUUUCUUCUCCACAGCUUGAAGACAAAGUUGAUUUUGGCAUCUGGAUCCCUCUCCUUUAUUCCAGAUUGCUGCUCACCCCAGCCCUCCCCUUGCAUCUCCUCACUGUGCUGGAAAGCCCUGUUUGCCCAUGUCCAGCACCAGUGCAUCUUCUCCUUUGGCAACAGGGAGGGCAGCACCCGUCACCAGGCAUCUUUAUUCCCCAAAGCACAGAAUUUGCUGAUUUCUUUGGGUCCCCAAGGCUUGUAUGUCAGAUUUACAGGCUGCUGGGCAGGGAGCUGAGCCAUGAGGCAUCCCAGCAGGAAGCUGCAGUGCAGGCAGGCAGGACUUUGUGGUGGCAUGCAGACCCCCCUGCCUCCUCCUGGUAUCUCCAUCUGCCACGUGGAUGGCAGGUCAUGACUCCUUACAACAGAGAGGAAAGGGGUCACCUUCCAGGGCCAUGGGCAGCAGGAUGCAGUGAUGAGGACCACAUGUGCCUCUCCUGCCCUCAAGCUGCCCUGGUUCCUAGAAUUGGGUCUCCUUACUGCCUGGCUAGGCAAGCCCCAGCUAAGGAAGGGGACACAGGGCUUGGCACACAGGGACAACAGAUCUAUGGGUUCUCCAGACAGCAGCAACAAACUUCUGUUUGGAGAGUGCAUGGACUUUCUGGAGUUUAAAAGCAGGCAGAAUUCAGGGGCCAGAGCUGCUGUCUCCCAUUUUCUGGCUGCUGUGCUGCUACAUCUCAAGCAGGCAUCAGUCACUAAACCAGCACCAGAUGCUGGGAAAUUACUAAGUUGUUUGCCAAGACUGGAGCCACAGCUAUGGGAUGCGCAUCACCUCUGUUCCACAGCAUCUCUGGACAACCAGUGCCUUGAUCCCUUCCAUGGUGGCAGAGUGGGACCUGGUGGUGAUAAGAGGAGGUUUCCAAUCCAAUGGUGAAGGCUGCCCAUGCCAUGCUGGGGACUGAGAAGAGACAAGGGUGACUGUGACAUGACAAGGGUGACUGUGUGACACACCAGAAUGUGUGUUGGUUGGGUUGGGUGCUGGGGACCAGAGCACAGUGGAUGACAGCAGUGUGCUAUACCUGGAGCUGUCAAGCUAUGGGAUACACCUGGGAGAGGUGAUGUGGCUGCUGGGCCUGGAAGUCCAGGCAAGAUCUGGCUCCUUACACCUCCCCAGCUUGGUGACCUGCCUUACCUGCCCUGUGGAGAGCUCUGCUCUGGUCCAGGGAUGGUGCCAUGCCAGCAGCACGCUGCAGAUGGAGGGCUGACCCCCAUGUCUCUCACUCAGUGUGUUGGGACAGUGAGGGGCUGCAACCCCACAGAGCCAAGCAUGGAGAGCCCUCAUGACCCCCAACCAGGGCACCCAGUGAGAGCAGCAGAGCCUGUGGGCACACAACACAUUGCAAAAGGCAACAGCCUGCCCCAGCUCCCUCCAACCCAGUCCACACAAGGAGCCUUUGUGGUUGCCCCAGUCCAGGCAUUGUGGGUCCACGGGCAGCCUCAGGGCCCAGGUGGGUCCCCACCCUGCACUAGCUCUGCUGCCUGUGCUCCACGCGUUGCCUCUGUCUGAAUUUCCACCCAGCUCCAUCUGGAUCUCGUUGGGCUGCUGGCACUGAGCACCGGGCUCUGGAGGUGCCAACACAUGGAAGCCAUUAGAGGGGCCGGGUCGAGGUGCAGCAAGGGGGCCACAUGCAGAGCAAGGGGGGCUGUGCAGAGGGUCCUGUCUCAGCUGUCAUGCUGGUGAGGGCAGGGGAGAAGUCCCACACAGCUGCCUGUCUGCAUGCUCUUCUGGCACUUAGCCUUGGGUCUCUCUCAGCCCCUCCAUGCACCUGGGGAGAGGGCUGAAGUUUGGGAGGCAGCCUUGCUGUCCGUGAACUUCCUGCAAAGGGGUUUUGCCUGGACAGUGCCAAUGAUAGCAUUGGCAUAUCCCCUUUAUUGGCAUCUCUGCU